CAAAUUUUUACCCCUGAAUGGAUCUAAACCAGGACCUUCAUACUGAUUCUUUAAACGACUCUCGUGCUAGCUUGAACCUGGGACAACGAAGUCCAAAAAGGAAAUUAACCAAAGGAACAAAUAGACGUAAAUCGCAACAUGGAACACCUCUACAAGAGAGGAAAAAAUUUGGUAGAAGGACUUACCACAACUCCUUCCAGCGAGAAGAUUCUGCACCAAAUACUUGCAUUCGAAAUCAACGUCCAAAGACUGCUAAUUACAAAUCUAAAAGAAAACGGAACGAAGAUGCUCAUUUCAAAGAGGCUUAUGAUUUCUCUGCAACAGACCCUAAAUAAAAUAGUGAAAGAGUACAAGAACAUCUCUGUUACAACUCCUCAGAUGGAGUACAACCACUACGAAAGCAAACGGAUGAUUAACGCCAAUUACAAAGAAAGAAGAGACCAUUUCAAAUAAAACUUAUAAACGGUUCAAUGAAGUAGAAGCUCCUAUAAAGAAAAGCAAUAAAAAUUCUGCCAAUAAUUUACAUGUCAAAAGUGAGCAGAGUGCAAUGACACGCAUGGAGAGAAGACUUUUAAGGCCAAAGAGCAGUUAUAUCUCAUCACAGCAGGUUAAGAGUCAUAACCAGAAAUGUCUAACUAAUAAUGCUCAGCGAAGAAAGAUUAGUACUACGAAGAGGAAGAAGAGGAAAAUUAAUAAAUCUCACCUUUUGUUAAACAAGGACUUUAGUCUAAAUAAAGGUGAUAUAUCUAAUUUGAAGCACUUUGUUAAUGUGUUGACAAAUCACAGAAAGAGUGAAUUAUACAACAUUGACCAUAAGAAAUACUCUAAAUCGACAGCAACUUAUGAUCGGAAUAAUAAACAAAAGAUUAGCAGUCUCAUUAAAAUGAUUCAUCCUGAACAAUACAUUCGUCCUUUAUUGCGUAAAAGGAAAGUAGGAUUAGCUCGAUCUGAAUGGAUUGAUUACCAAGAUUCUGGAAUCCCAAAUUCGGUUGAAAGGGAUUCGAAAAGCCAACAUGUGUUGUCAUUUCCUUCACAAGAUACUAUUAAUAACCAUCAGACUUCAGUAUGGGAGCAAUAGUAAACAUUAAUUCUACUUCGAAUAUUCCUAACCAGAGUCCCGCUAAAGACCUAUCACAUUCGUUCCAGUAUCCUCCCACUGACUUUAAAAUCCAUAUGAAGAUUUCUAAGCUAUCACACAAAAGAAAUGGACCGUUUGCAAAAUCGAAGACUCAUACUAACAAAUAAGGAAGGAUUCCUCUAAAUUUGAGGAGGAUUUUAAGACAGUAC